GCCCUCAAGUGAGAUCACGGGUCACAGCUGGCUCUUUCAAUAACGUGGCGCUGCAAUCUACAAUGGAAGUCGAGUCUGUCAAUUCAGUGUUCAAAUGUUGUCAGCGCCAACUUCCUCCUCUCUACUCAUGCCAUCAUUAACCAUAAUAAAAGUCAACGAAACAGCAUGUUGCCGUGCGUUCGCAGGCUGACCUCUGACCCCCUCAGACGUCGCGCGCUGUUGCCUCAGACGGGUUCGUCGGCAAUCAUCGGCACGCAUUCGUGAAUCUCAGCGCAUCCUCGGCUAUUUCCGUGAAUCUUCGGCCCUGCAGCAGCAGCAUCCUCCCCCGUCCCCAGACUCCGAGCUGCGGCUGCUGCCAUAACAGAACCACACGGAACCGGGACUAGAAGGAACCAUGACCGAAAACAAAACCCACGUUAUCCUGCUGUCAUGCGGCAGCUUCAACCCGAUCACGAAAGGACACAUCCACAUGUUCGAAAAAGCUCGGGAGUACCUGAACAAGACGGGGCGUUUUAUUGUGAUCGGAGGGAUCAUUUCGCCGGUCCACGACUCCUAUGGCAAACCUGGCCUCGUGUCCAGCAGACAUCGCCUCACCAUGUGUCAGCUGGCGGUCCAGUCCUCAGACUGGAUCAGAGUGGACCCAUGGGAGUGUUACCAGGACACCUGGCAGACGACCUGCAGCGUUCUGGAACACCACCGUGACCUCAUGAAGAGAGUGACCGGCUGCAUCCUGUCUAACGUCAGCACCCCGUCCUCCCCUCCUGUGAUUGGACAGCCACAGAAUAAAGCUCCGCCCAUCUAUCACAAUCGCAACAUCAACCACAAGCCAACAGCCUUGAAACUGUGGACGAAGGUCUCGGAGAGUUUGGGGAACGUCUGUUGUCUUCGCCCUCAUGUGGAUCGCUUCACCUUCGUGGAUGAAAACGCUAACCUGGGCCCAGCGGUGAGAUACGAGGAGAUCGAGCUGCGGAUCCUGCUGCUGUGCGGCAGCGACCUGCUGGAGUCCUUCUGCAUCCCGGGACUGUGGAAGGACAGUGAUAUGGAGGUGAUCGUGGGUGACUUUGGGAUGGUGGUCGUUCCUCGGGAUGGGGCCGACACAGAGAGGAUCAUGAAUCACUCGUCUGUGCUGCGCAAACACAAGGAUAACAUCAUCGUGGUGAAGGAGGACAUCAACCAUCCCAUGUCCACAGUCAGCUCCACCAAAAGCAGGUUGGCGUUGCAGCACGGUGAUGGUCAUGUGGUCGACUACCUGAGCCAGCCGGUCAUCGACUAUGUCCUGCAGAGUCAGCUGUACAUCAACGCCUCAGGAUAGGGCAAGAGCUAGUACAAUUCCAGAGACCCUCGGGGGGGGGGCUGCUGGGUGCAAGGGCACCAUGGCCUGUGUGUAUGACCCCGCCCAUGUCAAUCAUAUGUUCAACCUGUCUGUGUCAUGUGACCUUCACGUCCAGGGAGGCAGCCCGUCUGCUGGUUGAUUGUUGGACUUCCUGUCAGAAUAAGAUCAGGAGUUGCAGGGUCACCUGACAUGACCACCCCCCUCACUGAGGGCCCCUCUCUCACAAGUGUAGACAGCGGCAAAAGAGAUUUUAGGGGGACUGUCAGACAUGAAAACCCUGUGCCAACAUGGCUGCCAAACACGCUGCUGCGCUCCGUUAAUGUGGAGUUCCACCGCCCAGGUAAACCCCCGCUCCCCGCCCCCAGACCCCUUGUAGAUAAUCUUUCUGUCAGGAAGUCUGACUGACGCGUCGACAUGAAGACCCGCCCCCCCCUGCACUUUUUUGGCGCUGUCACUGGCCGGCAUUGACACGACCACCAGCGUUGUGACAACACCGCCCAGUGGCCGGUCCUCGUAGUUGCAUGAGUAGAUGAUUUAGCAUGAACGUGAGUGUCGACUAGCUGUUGUGUUUGUAGAGAAACAGUACACAAUGUUUACUAUCAAAAGAAACGCCUCCUCUGUCUACGCCAUGUGUGUGUGUGGGAGAGUGAGCGUCUGAGAGUGUGUGUCUGUGUGAGUGAGUGUGUGCUCAGUCUUGCUCCUCGUGGUCAGUCGUGGGGCAGUAGAGUGAAGUAGACUACAGACUAAGGGUAUUUGUGGGAUACAUCUGGCUGCUGAUCCAGGUUGCUAUGGAGACAAGCUGGGCAGUGUUGGAGCAGGUCAGCUGAUGUUCUCUGCAGCUGUCCUCCACAGUGCUGCAGACCUUCAACAGCAGUGCGGUUACGUUACGUUUUGUUCGCCUUACAUAUUUUUUUAUGGUUGCACUUGUUUACUUUCAACACUGCAUGAUGUCAUCAGUCUUCUCAUUUGAUUGACAGCUUCACCGUGCAAUAUGGAGCUAAUAAAGUUGUGUUCAGAGCAGAGUUGAUUUUUUUUUUGUAUGAUCAUGCAGCCACAUCCCAGCAAAC